UAUCUCUGCUGUCACUCAGGUGUAGCCACCUCCUUAGCACUCACUCUCCAUUUUGUUAUCUGUCUUAAUCAACUACAUGCAUAUCUUUACUGUUUAUACGUUUAUAAAGCUUAAAUUAUGUCAAAAUGAGUGCAUGAAGAAAUGCAAAAUAUAUUGCUGAACCUUUUUCACCAGAACUUCCUGACAUAUCUUUCGACACCAUGCUGUUUUUUAAUCUACGUAAGAAACCACAGACUCCUAUACUUCUGCUUCUUUUAGUAUUUAGAUCCUAUACCCUGUUACACAAAAGUUCUAACCAUGCAGUACCUCAACUCAUACAACAGCUCGCGCACCGCUUCUGACUCUACUGAGAACCUGAUUGCCAGUAUUGUGGGGGCAGUUUGCUUUAUACUGGGAGUCCCUGGUAAUAUUGCUGUAAUGGUGCGUCUGUCUGGAUGGCUGAAGAGAGGCAGUUUCACCCCGAGACUGAUGCUAAGCCUGGCCAUAUCAGAUCUACUCACUCUGAUUUCUCUGCCCAUUUGGAUUUGGGCUGAUCUGCAUGGCUGGGUGUUUGGGUCAGUCAUGUGUAAGCUUCUACUUUACAAGGUGUUCUUAGGCUUCAACUGCAGUGUACUGUGUGUGGUGUUGAUGAGCCUGCAGCGAUACAUCCAAGUGCUGCAUCCUGAGAAAUGGAAGAAGCUUGGCAGAAAUGGAAAGAAGAUCCUUUUGAGUGGGAUGUGGAUGUUAAGUGCAGUUUUUUCAUGCUAUGCUCUCAUACUAAGCGAUCUAAUCACGGACAGAGGAGGACGACUUCAGUGCAGGCUAAAAUAUCAGAAUAAGGCUGAAAGAGUGCUUACAUUAAUAUGGCAUAUUAUACUAUUCGUGGCUUCAUCUACCAUUGUAUCUUAUUUCUACUUUCACCUUUACAGAGGAGUUAAUAACUCAGCUUUCUUUAACAGUAACUCAUUGACCAAGGUGGUGACCAGAAUUGUAGUGUGUUUUUUUAUUUUUUGGAUCCCAAAUAAAAUCUCCGACAUUGUGAUCAUCAUUGCUACAUUGACUGGGAAUGACAGUCUGUUAAUAUCUGCAGAAUCUGGAGACAAUGUUACUACAGCUCUGGUUUUUUUUAACAGUUGUGUGAACCCCUUACUGUACGCUUUCUCUGCUCGGGCUCGACAACAGGGAACAGCUGGAACAAAUGAUCCUUAGUUUCUUGGAGAUGUAGAGGUUUGAGAGAGAAGAUGAACUUUUCUAACAGCCUAUCACAGACAUUUUUACUUUCAGUCUAUUUUUAUAGUUUUUUUGCACCUUCUAAUUCUUUUUAAUAACACCUUUUAAUAUAUUUUUUUCAGAUUAAUUUAAUCAAUGUAAAGUGAGUCUGUACAGUAUGAUUUUUCAAACUUUUUAUCUACCUAAUACAUUUACACCAAAAGCAUAAUUGCUUGAAACAAAGAAGUAAGUCAUAAAUUACAAUUAUUUUCCCUGUUUGUAUUGUGUUAAAAAAACAACAACAAAAAAACAAGCUUAACGUUGAUGUAUCCUAAGUCUGUAACCUAGUGAACAAGUGUUAAUGUAUUCAUUGCUGGAGACUUCAAAGCACUUUUGUACAUUGCUCAGGAUAAGUGCAUCUGCCAAAUGUUGUGAAUGUAAAUUUGUAAAGUGACAAAUGUUAAUCAGUCAAAAAUGUUUCGUCAAUAUUAGCAACAUUCAUUAUAAGUAUAGUUUUGUGUUUGUUAGAUUUUUUUUGUGUCUCUGCUUUACAUUGCUGAUUUUAUAUAUAGUUUUGGUUGAAACUAAAAGCUGU